AACUUUAUGUUGAAUUGCUAUAAAACUUUGAAGUAGGUGAACGGAAUUUACUCAUGUAUCAAUCCAUGUUUUUUUGCAGGUAUUGGCCGUGAAGGUCAAUCUUGCCAUUUCGUAAAUUCAUCGGUUGCAUACCCGUCGAGAGCUUCCGCAAAGUUUUCCCUUGGUUUUUUUUUCCCAUCUUGCCACGCCAAAAGGGAAAAAAAAGAAGUUCGCAUUGGAGACUGAAGAGCGAAGCGAGACAAGCAACCGAUUCCCUUGUUUUUCUGUCUUUGUUUCCAAAAGAGAAAAAAGAUUCAAAUUAACAACUAGGAACAACGAAGCGGCAGGCAUUCUCAAGCUUUCACGCCAUUCCUUAUCCCAGGGUUUUUUUGGAAUGUUUGCGAAGUUUGAGAUUGUUUAAGUUGUAAGGGGACUAAGAGCAAGAAGGUUCUUGGUCCCCAACAAAAUGUGUUAAGUCUAUGAGGUGAAGAAGAAGAAGAGAAUGAGCUUAAAACUUAAUUCCCCAUUUCUCGAGAUUCCACUUGGAAGCUCUUUAAAUGGUAAAAAAGGCCAUGGGCAUUGCUUUGAUUUUGAUAGGUGUAGGCUCGUUAGAAGAGCAAUUCGCAAGCGUGUGUCUGCGGAGAAGCAGAAUGAUUGGAUUGCUCAAGCAAUCAAGUUUUCCCAUUUUUGUGGGAAAAACAUUGAUUUGUUUAGGAAAACUAUCGGGUCGAGAAAUGGUUUCGUCGUGAAAAGUGUUAAGGAGCCUUUUGCUGGGAGCAAGGCUCUAGUGAGGUCUUUGUCUCCGUUGUGGAAUGAGGGAUUACUGUUGGUUAGGUGCUCCGUUCUCACAGCUGUCAUAUCUGGUGUGUGUUUAUUGGUUUGGUACGGACAGAAGAAAGCUAAAGGUUUUGUGGAAGCAAAGCUUUUGCCUUCGGUUUGUUCGGUGCUUAGUGAAUAUGUACAGCGUGAGAUUGAUUUUGGUAAGGUUAGGGGAGUUUCGCCAUUAAGUAUCACCUUGGAAGCAAGCUCUAUUGGGCCUCACAGUGAAGAGUUUUCUUGUGGUGAGGUUCCCACUAUGAAAAUUCGUGUUCGGCCUUUUGCCAGUUUGAGGCGGGGAAAGAUCGUGAUAGAUGCAAUUUUGUCUCAUCCCAGUGUAUUGAUUGCGCAAAAGAAGGAUUAUACCUGGAUGGGGAUACCCUUUUAUGACGAUGGUCUGCAAAGGCAUUUAUCAACUGAGGAAGGGAUUGAUUAUCGUACAAAAAGGAGGAGGAUUGCCAGAGAGGAAGCCGGCACUCGCUGGGCCAGAGAGAGGGAUGAUGAUGCUAGGAAAGCAGCAGAGAUGGGUUACAUUGUUUCUGAGGGAAGUUUAGAUAUAUCUGAAGAUGAUACAGUUAAAGGGAUAGGUCUUUCAGCUGAAAUAACAAGCUCAAAGUCAUUUUCAUGCAUGGAUGAGAAGAUGCAUUGGAGGGAUCAUCAUUGCGUGGACACUGGUAUUGAUUAUGACACGAAGCAUGCAGAAUUGGAGAAAUCAUUUGGUGUGAAAAUUCCAGGUUCAGGGCUUACAUUAUGGCCGAAAGGUCCUAAAGGGAACAAAUUUAAGAAAAAGUUUAAUAGGAGUGAUGCCUCUAGUGCUGGUGUUACUGCCAAGAGACGAAUCCUUGAGCGUAGUGCAUCAGUAGCACUUGCAUAUUUUCAGGGUCUAUCCCAAGAGGACUCUGGUGAUUAUUCAGAGGCAUCUGGAAGUUAUGAUAUAUCGGACGUUAAUACCCUAUUGGUGAAAAGUGAAGUUGCUUCUAAUGGUGAAGCUUCUAUUGGCAUUAAUACCGGUGGAGCAAGUUUGCUCAGUUAUAACCAUUAUGGAGAGCAAUGUGAAGAGACAGAAAACCAGCAUAUUAUCACACACGGUAACGAUAAUGGCACUUUACGUAAUUUCAAUUUCAUACGUGAUCCGUUUCUUAUGACUGUUGAAAGACUUAGUGAAGUCAGAAAAAUUGGCAAAAGUUUUCCAUAUGAUGUAAAUGCUGCAGGAGCUGCUAAAACUAUGAGCUCUAAUGUAGAUGGUGAGGACUUGGUUGUUGAUGUUGUUGUAACUGGAAAUAUGAAUGAGAAUGUAUCUGAGGGUGAAAGGAGUCAUGCAUCUCAAAGUUUUACUUCCAUAAAGUCUGACCCCACUCCUUCAGCAUCCCAUUCGGUUACAUUUUGGCCAUUAGGCUUGAAAUUUACCUUGCCUUCUUUUCCUGACAACAUGGAGGAACGUGUUUCCAAUUUUUUAGCUGGAUCCCUUCAAAAGCUAAAAAAUGGUGUGGCUCCAAAGGUUGAAGAUAUUGUUGCAGAACUUGUUGAUGGGGUAGAUGUGGUGCAAACUGGAGGAAUUGAGAAGAUGCUUCCAGUUAUUGUGGAUUCUGUUCAUUUCAAGGGUGGAACACUGAUGCUGCUAGCAUUUGGUGACAGAGAGCCCAGAGAGAUGGAGAAUGCCAAUGGAUAUGUGAAGUUCCAAAAUCAUUAUGGACGUGUGCACGUACAACUCAGUGGUAAUUGUAAAACUUGGAGAUCAGAUUUGGCCUCUGAAGAUGGUGGCUGGUUGUCUACAGAUGUUUUUGUGGAUACUUUAGAUCAGAAAUGGCAUGCGAAUCUAAAUAUUUCCAACCUCUUUGUUCCGCUUUUUGAAAGAAUUUUAGAGAUUCCAAUCACAUGGCUUAAAGGAAGAGCCACUGGUGAGGUCCACCUGUGCAUGUCAACGGGGGAGACAUUUCCUAAUCUUCACGGACAGCUUGAUGUCACAGGGUUGACCUUUCAAAUAUAUGAUGCUCCAUCAUGGUUUUCAGACAUUUCAGCACAUUUAUGUUUCCGGGGUCAGCGAAUAUUCCUUCAUAAUACAAGUGGCUGGUUUGGUAGUGUUCCUUUAGAAGCUUCUGGAGAUUUUGGCAUCCAUCCUGAGGAAGGAGAGUUCCAUCUUAUGUGUCAGGUUCCAUGUGUGGAAGUAAAUGCCCUGAUGAAAACUUUCAAGAUGAAGCCUUUGUUGUUUCCGUUGGCUGGUUCCGUGACGGCUGUUUUCAACUGUCAAGGCCCACUGGAUGCCCCUACUUUUGUGGGGAGUGGAAUGGUGUCUAGAAAGAUAUCUUACUCCGUUGAUGUCCCUGCAUCCUCUGCAUCUGAAGCAAUGUUGAAAAACAAAGAGUCUGGUGCAGUGGCAGCAUUUGACCGUGUUCCAUUUUCAUAUCUGUCUGCUAAUUUUACCUUUAACACUGAUAACAGUGUUGCUGACUUGUAUGGAAUUAGAGCUAGUCUUGUCGAUGGUGGGGAGAUUCGAGGGGCAGGAAAUGCAUGGAUUUGUCCAGAGGGUGAGGAAGAUGAUACAGCACUGGAUGUAAAUUUCUCUGGAAAUUUGUCCUUUGACAAGAUUAUGCAACGAUAUAUACCAGGGUAUCUUCAUCUUAUGCCACUCAAGUUAGGGGAUUUAAGUGGAGAGACAAAACUUUCUGGAUCACUUUUGAAACCGAGGUUUGAUAUCAAGUGGACUGCACCAAAAGCUGAAGGGUCUUUUAGUGAUGCUCGGGGAGAUAUAAUGAUUUCACAUGAUUGUAUAACUGUCAAUUCUUCAUCUGUUGCUUUUGAUUUGUUUACAAAAGUUCAAACUUCAUAUCCUGAGGAACACUGGCUAAACAGAAAAGAGUUCAAUGAGAAGAGUGCUGUGCCAUUUAUUGUUGAAGGAGUGGAGUUGGACUUGCGUAUGCAUGGUUUUGAGUUUUUCAGCCUGGUCUCUUCUUAUACUUUUGAUUCUCCAAGACCUACACAUUUGAAAGCAACAGGAAAAAUAAAAUUUCAUGGAAAGGUUCUGAAGCCUUGUAUUACCAGUGAGCAAGAUUUUGGCCCCGAGGGGAAACCUGAGAAAAUGACAGAUGAGAGAAGCAGACAGAGGCUUGUUGGUGAUUUGUCAGUCUCAGGUCUCAGACUGAAUCAGUUAAUGCUGGCACCUCAGUUGGUUGGGCAGUUGAGCAUCUCUCGCAACUCUGUCAAGUUAGAUGCCUUAGGUAGGCCAGAUGAAAGUCUUGCAGUUGAGGUUGUGCGGCCCCUACAACCUGGCUCUGAGGAAAACUUGCAAAAUGGAAAAUUAUUCUCCUUUUCUCUUCAAAAGGGGCAACUGAGAGCUAAUAUUUGUUUUCGCCCACUUCAUUCUGCUACCUUGGAGAUACGGCACUUGCCACUUGAUGAAUUGGAGCUUGCUUCACUGCGUGGAACAAUACAGCGGGCAGAAAUCCAGCUUAAUUUCCAGAAAAGAAGGGGCCAUGGUGUUCUAUCUGUGCUUCGGCCUAAAUUCAGUGGUGUGCUUGGUGAAGCCCUAGAUGUGGCUGCUAGGUGGAGCGGUGAUGUUGUAUUUUUCCAAACAAGUUCAGUUUUAGAUUAUGCAUUUGAUGUUGCAGAAUUUGAUUUUCAUGGGGAGGAUUGGGAGUGGGGAAGCUACAACACUCAACGUGUUGUGGCAGUGGGUGCAUACAGUAAUGAUGAUGGUUUGCGUCUUGAGAAAAUUUUUAUCCAAAAAGAUGACGCAACAAUCCAUGCUGAUGGGACUUUGUUGGGGCCAAAAACCAAUCUUCAUUUUGCUGUUCUAAAUUUUCCUGUUAGUCUAGUUCCUACCCUAGUGCAGAUUAUUGAAUCAUCUGCCACUGAGGCUGUUCAUUCUUUGCGACAAUUGUUAGCCCCAAUUAAGGGAAUAUUAUACAUGGAAGGAGACCUCAGAGGAAGUCUUGCAAAACCAGAAUGUGAUGUACAAGUAAGGCUUCUGGAUGGUGCCAUUGGGGGCAUUGAUCUUGGGCGUGCUGAAGUUGUUGCUUCCCUAACCUCAAGCAGCCGUUUUCUGUUCAAUGCCAAAUUUGAACCAAUCAUCCAAAAUGGCCAUGUACAUGUUCAAGGAAGUGUUCCUGUUACUUUUGUCCAAAGUAGCAUGUCUGAGGAAGAAGAAACUGAAACAGAACGAAGUGGGACAACUUUGGUCCCUGGCUGGGUGAAGGAAAGGGAUAAGGAGUCAGGUGAUAAAGCUAGUGAGAAGAAAAUGUUUCGGGAGACAACAGAAGAAGGUUGGGACACUCAGUUAGCAGAAAGCCUUAACGGUUUAAACUGGAACAUCUUAGAUGUAGGAGAAGUUAGAGUUGAUGCUGAUAUAAAGGAUGGGGGCAUGAUGUUGUUGACAGCAUUAUCUCCUUAUGCAAACUGGCUUCAUGGCAGUGCAGAUGUCAUGCUUCAGGUUAGAGGCACAGUUGAACAACCUGUGCUUGAUGGAUCUGCAUCGUUCCACAGGGCAUCUAUAUCUUCACCAGUACUCAGAAAACCACUUACAAACAUUGGUGGCACAGUUCAUGUGAAAUCAAAUAAGUUAUGCAUUGCCUUUUUGGAGAGUAGGGUCAGCAGAAGGGGGAAGCUGUCUGUAAAAGGGAAUUUGCCCCUUAGAACAAGUGAAGCAUCCCUGGGUGAUAAAAUUGACUUGAAAUGUGAAGUUCUAGAAGUACGGGCAAAAAAUAUUCUGAGUGGCCAGGUUGACACUCAGUUGCAGCUAACUGGUUCCAUUCUGCAGCCAAACAUCUCAGGGAAUAUUAAAUUGAGCCAUGGAGAGGCAUAUUUGCCACAUGAUAAGGGUAGUGGAGCUGCACCUUUUAAUAAACUGGCAUCAAACCAGUCCAGGCUUCUGGGUGCUGGAGUCAGUCAAGCAGUUGCUUCUAGAUAUGUCUCACGGUUUUUCAGUUCUGAACCUGCUUCCUCAAGGACCAAACUCCCACAAUCCUCUGUUAAAUCAGCUGAAGUUGAGAAGGAAAUGGAGCAAGUGAACAUUAAACCAAGUGUUGAUGUCCGCCUUAAUGAUUUGAAGCUUGUUUUAGGACCAGAAUUGAGGAUAGUUUAUCCUUUGAUUCUUAACUUUGCUGUUAGUGGGGAACUCGAGUUGAAUGGCCUGGCUCAUCCAAAAUGGAUAAAACCGAAGGGCAUUUUAACAUUUGAGAAUGGUGAUGUGAAUCUUGUUGCAACUCAAGUUAGGCUUAAGCGAGAACAUUUAAACAUAGCAAAAUUUGAACCUGAGCAUGGGCUGGAUCCAAUGCUGGACUUAGCUUUGGUUGGAUCAGAAUGGCAAUUUAGGAUUCAAAGUCGAGCCAGCAAUUGGCAGGACAAAUUGGUGGUAACCUCAAUACGUUCUGUGGAGCAGGAUGUUCUCUCACCUACUGAGGCUGCUAGAGUAUUUGAGAGUCAAUUGGCUGAGUCCAUAUUGGAAGGUGAUGGCCAACUUGCAUUUAAAAAGCUCGCAACUGCAACAGUUGAAACGCUAAUGCCAAGAAUAGAAGGGAAGGGGGAGAUUGGUCAGGCCAGGUGGAGGCUAGUGUAUGCUCCACAAAUCCCUAGUUUGCUCUCUGUUGAUCCUACAGCUGAUCCUCUCAAAUCUUUGGCUAGCAAUAUAUCCUUUGGGACAGAAGUUGAAGUCCAGCUUGGAAAACGGCUGCAGGCGUCCAUAGUUAGGCAGCUGAAAGACUCAGAGAUGGCAAUGCAGUGGACCUUGAUCUACCAGCUUACAAGCCGAUUGCGAGUGCUCCUACAAUCUGCACCUUCCAAACGCCUUCUUUUUGAGUAUUCUGCUACUUCGCAAGACUAACCUGCUAUCCGCCUUCUUCCAGCUAAAACCGGGCCGUUUGCACAGGUAAAAGUCUUUCCAUGGUCAUGCCUACAUUUCAUGUAAAAUGAGGGAAAAAAGAGGUCUAGGGAAGGGGUAGGGUAGUUUUUGACAAUGUAAAGUUAGGUCUAGUUACAUAUUCUUAUUCUUUGCUCGGAAAUGAAUGAGCUUUGUUCAUAUGUCAGCACCUUGAGUUUUGUACAGAUAACAGAUGUAAAAUUCAAUAGAAUGGUCUAGUGAAGAAAAAA